GGGUGUUCCAGUGGAUGAGAAGGACCGAGUGUUACUUCAUCAACGGCACCGAGCGGGUGAGGUACGUGGAGAGGUACAUCUACCACCGGCAGCAGUACGUGCACUUCGACAGCGAUGUGGGGGUCUUUGUGGGGGACACCCCGUAUGGGGAGAUCCAGGCCAGGUGCUGGAACAGCCAACAGGAAUAUCUGGAGGACAGAGAGGCUGUGGUGGACUGGUUCUGCCGGAAAAGCUACGAGGUGUUCACCCCGUUCACUGUGAACCGCAGAGUACCCCCCAGCUCAGACCAGUGUAUCCCCCGUCUCUCCCAGUGCCUCCCAGCGUGUCUAUCUCGCUGGUGCCGUCGAGCUCCCAGCCCGGCCCCAGCCCCUGCUCUGCUCCGUGAUGGAUUUCUACCCUGCCCGGUGCAGGUGAGGUGGUUCCAGGAUGGGCAGGAGCUGCCGGAGCACGUGGUGGCCACCGACGUGGUCCCCAACGGGGACUGGACCUACCAGGUGCUGAUGCCACAGGACACCGUCCACAGCAAGAUCCUGGUGGGGGUCGGGGGCUUCGUGUUGGGUUUCGUCUUCCUGGCGCUGGGGCUCAGCUUCUACCUGCGGGAGAAGAGCUCCUGAGCCGGCGGUGGCCGCAGCCCCUCC